AACCACCGAAAGUCACCGUGAUGCCCAAGAAUCAGUCUUUCACAGGAGGUUCUGAGGUCUCUAUCAUGUGCUCUGCAGCAGGCUAUCCUAAACCAAAGAUUACCUGGACCAUUAACGAUAUGUUUAUAGUGGGUUCACACAGAUAUAGGAUGACCUCAGAAGGUACUUUAUUUAUCCAAAAUGCAGUUCCCAAAGAUGCAGGGAUCUAUGGUUGCCUGGCAAGUAAUUCAGCUGGAACAGAUAAACAGACUUCUACCCUCAGAUACAUUGAAGCCCCAAAGUUGAUUGUGGUCCAGAGUGAACUCUUGGUUGCUCUUGGGGAUACCACAGUUAUGGAAUGCAAAACCUCUGGGGUUCCUCCACCUCAAGUUAAGUGGUUCAAAGGAGAUCUUGAGUUGAGGCCCUCAGCGUUCCUCAUUAUUGACCCUCUCUUGGGACUUUUGAAGAUUCAAGAAACACAGGAUCUGGAUGCUGGGGAUUACACAUGUAUAGCCAUCAACGAUGCUGGAAGAGCCACGGGCAAGAUUACUCUGGAUGUUGGCUCAUCUCCAGUUUUCAUACAAGAACCUGCUGAUGUAUCUGUGGAAAUUGGCUCAAAUGUGACAUUACCUUGUUAUGUUCAGGGUUAUCCAGAACCAAAGGUCAAAUGGCGAAGAUUGGACAACAUGCCAAUUUUCUCAAGACCUUUGUCAGUUAGUUCCAUCAGCCAGCUAAGAACAGGAGCUCUCUUUAUUUCAAACUUGUGGGCAAGUGAUAAGGGAACCUACAUUUGUGAAGCUGAAAACCAGUUUGGAAAGAUCCAGUCACAGACAACAGUAACAGUAACAGGACUUGUUCCUCCGCUAAUUGGAAUGAGUCCUGCUCUAGCCAAUGUCAUUGAAGGACAGCAGCUGACUCUGCCUUGUAAUCUUUUGGCUGGAAAUCCUAUUCCAGAACGUCGAUGGAUAAAGAAUUCAGCCAUGUUGGUACAAAAUCCUUACCUAACUGUGCGCAGUGAUGGAAGCCUCCAUAUUGAAAGAGUUGGGCUUCAGGAUGGAGGCGAAUAUACUUGUGUUGCCAGUAACGUUGCUGGAACCAUUAACAAAACUACCUCUGUGGUUGUACAUGUUCUGCCAACCAUUCAGCAUGGACAGCAGAUACUAAGCACAAUCGAAGGCCUUCCAAUAACUUUACCAUGCAAAGCAAGUGGAAUUCCCAAACCAUCUAUCGUUUGGUCCAAGAAAGGAGAGCUGAUUUCAACUGGAAGUCCCAAGUUUUCUGCAGGGGCUGAUGGAAGUCUGUAUGUGGUGUCACCUGGAGGCGAGGAGAGUGGGGAGUACAUCUGCACUGCCACCAACGCGGCCGGCUAUGCCAAGAGGAAGGUGCAGCUCACAGUCUAUGUAAGGCCCAGAGUGUUUGGAGAGCAACGAGGACUGUCCCAGGAUAAACCUGUUGAGAUCUCCAUUCUGGCAGGAGAAGAAGUGACACUUCCAUGUGAAGUGAGGAGCUUACCCCCACCCGUCAUUACCUGGGCCAAAGAAACCCAACUCAUCUCACCAUUCUCUCCAAGACAUACGUUCCUCCCUUCUGGUUCAAUGAAGAUCACCGAGACCCGCAUUUCAGAUAGUGGGAUGUAUCUUUGUGUUGCCACAAAUAUUGCUGGAAAUGUAACCCAGUCUGUUAAAUUAAGUGUCCAUGUUUCUCCAAAGAUACAGCGUGGACCUAAAUAUAUGAAAAUCCAAGUUGGCCAAAGAGUAGAUAUUCCAUGUAAUGCCCAAGGGUCACCUCCUCCUGUGGUCACCUGGCUGAAAAGUGGAAGGACCGUGCUGAUUGACGGAGUGCAGCAUAUUAGCAGCUCAGAUGGAACUUUAAGCAUCAACCGAGCUGUGCUGUCAGAUGCUGGCGUAUAUACCUGUGUUGCCACUAACAUAGCAGGCAGUGAUGAAACUGAGAUAAUGCUGCAUGUCCAAGAACCACCUACAGUGGAAGAACUAGAACCUCCUUUUACUACUCCAUUCCAAGAACGCCUGGCCAAUCAACACAUCGCGUUUCCGUGUCCUGCAAAAGGUACUCCUAAACCAACUAUCAAGUGGUUGCGCAAUGGUAGAGAGUUGACAGGCAAAGAGCCUGGUUUUUCCAUCUUGGAAAAUGGGACAUUGUUGGUUAUUACUUCUGUUACACUACAUGACAAUGGGGAGUACAUCUGUGUGGCAGUCAAUGAAGCAGGAACUACAGAAAAAAAAUACAACCUCAAAGUGCAUGUUCCUCCGGAAAUUAAAGAUAAAGAACAUGUAACAAAUGUGUCAGUGUUGGUAAAUCAGCCUGCCAGUCUUCUUUGUGAAGUGGAAGGUACACCAUCACCUAUCAUUAUGUGGUAUAAAGAUGACAUCCAGGUGACUGAAAGCAGCACUAUUCAGAUUGUGAACAAUGGGAAGAUACUGAAGCUCUUCAAAGUCACUGCAGAGGAUGCAGGAAGAUAUUCCUGCAAAGCAACCAAUAUUGCAGGCACUUCUCAGAAGUACUUUAGUAUCGAUGUGCUAGUUCCACCCACCAUAAUAGGUGCCAGCUCCCCAAAUGAAGUCUCAGUUGUUCUGACUCACAAUGCCACCCUCGAAUGCCGUGUCAAAGGCACUCCCUUUCCUGUUAUUCACUGGCUCAAGGAUGGCAAGCCUUUAUUUUUGGGAGAUCCUAUUAUUGAACUUAUAGACAGAGGACAAAUUUUACAUCUGAAGAAUGUACGAAGAAGUGACAAGGGGCACUACCAGUGUACUGUGUCUAAUGCAGCUGGCAAGCAAGCCAAGGACAUAAAACUGACUGUCCAUAUUCCACCUAGCAUUAAAGGAGGGAAUGUUACCACGGAAAUAUCAGCGUUGAUUAACAGUGUAAUUAAGCUGCAGUGUGAAACACGGGGUCUUCCAGUGCCUGCUGUUACUUGGUAUAAGGAUGGCCAGCUAGUCCUAUCUGGCUCACAAGCACUUUACAGUGACAAAGGACAGUUUCUCCACAUUCCUCACGCACAGGUCUCUGAUUCAGCAACAUACCUGUGUCAUGUAACUAAUGUUGCUGGAACUGCUGAAAAAUCAUUCCAGGUGGACAUUUAUGUUCCUCCAGUGAUUGAAGGUGACUCGGCCAUACCUGUGAAUAAGCAGGUUGUUAUUGCUCAGUCAUUAACCCUGGAAUGCAAAGCCGCUGGCAACCCUCCUCCAGUUCUCACCUGGUUAAAAGAUGGUGUGCCCAUAAAAGACAGCGAAAACAUCCGCAUAGAAGCUGGUGGGAAGAAACUCGAAAUCUUGAGUGCCCUAGAAGUCGAUGGGGGACAGUACAUAUGUGUGGCUGCCAGUGUGGCAGGAGAAAAGGAGAUCAAAUAUGAAGUGGAUGUCUUAGUGCCCCCAACUGUGGAAGGAGGAGAUGAAACAUCGUACCUCAUUGCGAUGGUUAAUAACUUACUGGAGCUGGAUUGUCUAGUGUCAGGCUCGCCUCCACCGACUAUCAUGUGGCUGAAGGAUGGUCAGCUAAUUGAUGAACAGGGUGGAUUCAAGAUUUUAUUAAAUGGACGCAAGCUGGUUAUUGCUCAGGCUCAAGUGUCAGACACAGGCCUUUAUCAGUGUGUGGCAACAAACACUGCUGGAAACCACAGGAAGGAAUUUGAAGUGACUGUUCAUGUUCCUCCAACAAUCAAGUCGUCAGGCCUUUCUGAGAGAACUGUAGUGAAACACAAGCCUGUUACCUUACAGUGCAUAGCCAAUGGCAUUCCAAACCCAUCCAUAACAUGGCUGAAAGAUGACCAGCCUGUGAACACUGCCCAAAGGAACCUCAAAAUACAGUCUUCUGGUCGAGUUCUACAAGUUGCCAAAGCGCUGUUGGAAGAUGCUGGCAGAUACACGUGUGUGGCUACCAAUGCAGCUGGAGAAACCCAACAGCACACUCAAUUGCAUGUGCAUGAACCCCCAAGCCUGGAGGAUGCAGGGAAAGUGCUGAAUGAGACUGUGGUGGUGAACAGCCCUAUCCAGCUGGAGUGUAAGGCAGCUGGAAGUCCUCUGCCUGUGAUCACCUGGUACAAAGACAGCCAUCCACUCUUGGGUUCCUCCAGCAUAACCUUCCUGAACCGCGGUCAGAUCAUUGAUAUUGAAAGUGCCCAGGUCUCAGACGCUGGCAUCUAUAAAUGUGUGGCCAUCAACUCUGCUGGGGCGACAGAAUUAUUUUAUAGCCUUCAAAUUCAUGUACCCCCAUCAAUUUCUGGCAGCAGUAACAUGGUGGCAGUGGUGGUUAAUAACCUGGUGAGGUUAGAAUGUGAGGCCAGAGGCAUCCCGGCCCCGAGUCUGACUUGGCUGAAAGAUGGGAGCCCUGUCUCUAGCUUCACUAAUGGAAUACAGGUUCUCUCUGGUGGUCGCAUUUUAGUGUUGACCAGUGCACAAAUAAGUGACACAGGGAAAUACACCUGCGUGGCGGUGAAUGCUGCUGGGGAGAAACAAAGGGACAUUAAUCUCAGAGUAUAUGUUCCACCAAAUAUUAUGGGAGAAGAACAGAACGUCUCUGUCGUCAUUAGCCAAGCUGUCACGUUACUAUGUCAAAGUGAUGCUGUUCCCCCUCCUACUCUGACAUGGUUAAAGGAUGGCCGUCCUUUGCUGAAGAAACCAGGCCUUACUGUCUCUGAAAAUGAAAGUGUGUUAAAGAUUGAAGAUGCUCAGGUGCAAGACACUGGUCGUUACACUUGUGAAGCAAGAAAUGUUGCUGGAAAAACGGAGAAAAACUAUAAUGUCAACAUCUUGGUACCACCAAGUAUUUAUGGUUCUGAUGAACUUGCUGAACUUACAGUCAUUGAAGGGAAUUUCAUUAGUCUCUCAUGUGAAUCAAGUGGUAUUCCACCCCCUAAUCUCAUUUGGAAAAAGAAAGAUUCUCUAGUGCUGGCUGACUCUGUGGGGCGAAUUAGGAUUUUAUCAGGAGGAAGGCAGUUACAAAUUUCAAUUGCUGAAAAGUCUGAUGCAGGUUUCUACACAUGUGUGGCAUCCAAUGUGGCUGGAACUGCAAAGAAAGACUACAAGCUUCACGUUUACGUUCGACCAUCUGUAACCAACAGUGGCAGCCACCCUACUGAAAUUAUUGUGACUCGAGGGAAGAGUAUGUCCUUAGAGUGUGAAGUGCAGGGUGUUCCCCAGCCAACAUUGACCUGGAUGAAAGAUGGCCACCCCUUGACCAGGGGGAGGGGAGUGGAAAUAUUGGAUGAAGGUCGCAUUCUUCAGCUGAAAAACAUUCAUGUAUCAGACACAGGGCGUUACGUGUGUGUUGCUGUGAAUGUAGCAGGAAUGACUGACAGAAAAUAUGACUUAAGUGUACAUGCCCCUCCAAGCAUCAUAGGAAACCAUGGGGUACCUGAGAAUAUCAGUGUGGUGGAAAAGAACUCAGUCUCUCUGACUUGCGAAGCUUCGGGAAUCCCUUUGCCUGCAAUAACCUGGCUUAAGGAUGGGUGGCCUAUCAGCCUUGGUAGUUCUAUGAGGAUUCUCUCAGGAGGCAGGACCUUACGGUUGAUGCAGACCAGAAUAGAGGAUGCUGGCCAGUAUACUUGUGUUGUAAGGAAUGCAGCUGGUGAAGAAAGAAAACUCUUCAGACUUUCAGUAUUAGUACCACCUCAUAUUGUGGGUGAAAAUAUAUUGGAAGAUAUGAAGGUAAAAGAGAAGCAGAGCAUAACACUGACUUGUGAAGUGACAGGGAAUCCUGUGCCAGAAAUCACAUGGCACAAAGAUGGACAGUUUCUCCAAGAAGAUGAAACCCAUCUCAUUAUGUCCAGUGGCCGUUCCCUUCAAAUUACCAAUGCCAAAGUGUCGCACACUGGAAGAUAUACAUGUUUGGCUUCUAAUACAGCUGGGGACAAGAGCAAAAGUUUCAGUCUUAAUGUUUUUGUAUCUCCUACAAUUGCUGGUAUAGAGAGUGAUAGCAGCCCUGAAGAUGUCAUUGUUGUCCUUAACAGUCCCACGUCUUUAGUCUGUGAAGCUUAUUCAUAUCCUCCAGCUACCAUCACCUGGUUUAAGGAUGGAGCUUCUUUACAAUCCAACCGAAAUAUUCGUAUUCUUCCAGGAGGUAGAACUCUGCAGAUCCUGAAUGCACAGGAGGACAAUGCUGGAAGAUACUCUUGUGUGGCCACUAAUGAGGCUGGGGAAAUGAUAAAGCACUAUGAAGUGAAGGUCUACAUUCCACCCAUCAUCAAUAAAGGGGACCUUUUGGGGCCAGGUCUUUCCCCUAAAGAAGUGAAGAUCAAAGUAAACAACACCCUGACUUUGGAAUGUGAAGCUUAUGCGAUUCCUUCUGCCUCCCUCAGUUGGUACAAGGACGGACAGCUCCUUAAAUCAGAUGAUCAUGUUAACAUUGCUGCAAAUGGACACACACUUCAAAUAAAGGAAGCUCAAAUAUCAGAUACUGGACGAUAUACUUGUGUUGCAUCUAACCUUGCUGGUGAAGAUGAGUUGGAUUUUGAUGUGAAUAUACAAGUUCCUCCAAGUUUUCAGAAACUCUGGGAGAUAGGAAACAUGUUAGAUACUGGCCGGAGUGGUGAAGCCAAAGACGUGAUUAUCAACAAUCCCAUCUCUCUUCACUGUGAGACAAAUGCUGCUCCUCCUCCUACACUGACAUGGUACAAAGAUGGCCGCCCCCUGACUUCAAGUGACAGAGUGUUGAUUUUACCAGGAGGGCAAGUGCUGCAGAUUCCCCGGGCUACAGCAGAUGAUGCUGGGAGGUACACAUGUGUGGCUGUGAAUGAGGCGGGGCAAGAUUCCCUUCAGUAUGAUGUCCGCAUACUCUUACCACCAGUUAUCAAGGGAGCAAAUGGUGACCUCCCUGAAGAGGUCACCGUGCUGGUGAACAAGAGUGCCCAGUUGGAAUGUUCUUCCAGUGGUAGCCCAGCACCAAAGAAGGCAUGGCAGAAGGAUGGACAGCCCUUGCUAGAAGAUGACCAUUACAAAUUUCUAUCAAAUGGAAGAAUUCUGCAGAUUCUAAAUACUCAAAUAACGGAUAUCGGCAGGUAUGUGUGUGUGGCUGAGAACACUGGAAGUGCCAAAAAAUAUUUUAACCUCAAUGUUCACGUUCCUCCAAGUGCAAUUGGUCCUAACCCUGAAAAUCUCACUGUUGUGGUGAACAAUUUCAUCUCUUUGACUUGCGAGGUCUCUGGUUUUCCACCUCCUGAUCUCAGCUGGCUCAAGAAUGAGCAGCCCAUCAAGCCAAACACAAAUGCUCUCAUUGUACCUGGUGGUCGAACUCUGCAGAUUAUUCGAGCCAAGGUAUCUGAUGGUGGUGAAUAUACUUGCAUAGCUAUCAAUCAAGCUGGUGAAAGCAAGAAAAAAGUUUCCCUGACUGUUCAUGUGCCCCCAAGCAUAAAGGAUCAUGGGAGCGAGUCUCUUUCUGUAGUUAAUGUAAGAGAGGGGAUUUCCGUGUCAUUGGCGUGUGAGUCCAAUGCUGUCCCACCCCCAGUCAUCACCUGGUAUAAGAAUGGGCGGAUGAUAACAGAAUCUACUCACGUGGAGAUUUUAGCUGAUGGACAAAUGCUUCACAUCAAGAAAGCUGAGGUAUCUGACACAGGCCAGUAUGUAUGUAGAGCUAUAAAUGUAGCAGGACGGGAUGAUAAAAAUUUCCACCUCAAUGUAUAUGUGCCACCCAGUAUUGAAGGGCCUGAAAGAGAAGUGGUUGUGGAGACAAUCAGCAAUCCUGUGAUCUUGACAUGUGAUGCCACUGGGAUCCCGCCUCCCACCAUAGCAUGGCGAAAGAACCACAAGCCUAUAGAAAAUUCUGAGUCACUUGAAGUUCACAUUUUGUCUGGGGGUAGCAAACUCCAAAUUACCCGAUCUCAGCAUUCAGAUAGUGGAAACUACACAUGCAUUGCAUCAAACAUGGAGGGAAAAGCACAAAAAACCUACAUUCUCUUGAUUCAAGUUCCUCCAAGUAUUGCUGGUGCUGAAAUUCCAAGUGAAGUCAGUGUUCUCCUGGGGGAAAACGUUGAGCUGAUCUGCAAUGCAGAUGGCAUUCCCACCCCACUUACUCAGUGGCUGCGAGAUGGAAAGCCCAUAACAAAUGAUGGAACAGAAAGAAUCCGGGUGACUGCCAAUGGCAGCACAUUGAACAUUUACGGAGCUCUCACAUCCGACACGGGGAAAUACACAUGUGUGGCUACAAAUCCUGCUGGAGAGGAAGACCGGAUAUUUAACUUGAAUGUCUAUGUCCCGCCUAAAAUUAGAGGCAAUAAAGAAGCAACAGAGAAACUGACGAUUUUGGUGGAUGCUUCAGUAAAUAUCGAAUGCAGAGCCACAGGGACCCCUCCACCACAGAUAAACUGGCUGAAGAACGGCCUCCCUCUGCCUCUCUCCUCCCACAUUCGGUUGCUGUCAGCAGGACAGGUUAUCAGGAUUGUGAGAGCUCAGGUGUCUGAUGUAGCUGUGUACACUUGUGUGGCCUCCAACAGAGCAGGGGUGGAUAAUAAGCACUACAGCCUUCAAGUGCUGGUGCCACCAGAUAUGGACAGUGCAAUGGGAACAGAGGAAAUCACGAUCGUGAGAGGCAGUUCCACCUCUAUGACAUGCUUCACAGAUGGAACCCCACCCCCCAGUAUGUCCUGGCUCAGAGAUGGCCAGCCUCUGGGGCUUGACACCCACCUAACGGUCAGCACGCAAGGAAUGAUCCUUCAGCUCAUCAAAGCCGAGACUGAAGAUUCAGGACGGUACACCUGCACUGCCUCCAAUGAUGCUGGAGAAGUCAGCAGGCACUUUAUUCUAAAGGUCCUGGAACCACCUCACAUUAAUGGAUCUGAAGAACCUGGAGAGAUAUCAGUAAUUAUUAAUAACCCACUUCAACUUCCCUGUAUUGCUUAUGGAAUACCAGCUCCUAAAAUCACCUGGAUGAAAGAUGGCCGACCCCUUCUACAGACAGAUCAGGUGCAAACUUUAGAAGGAGGAGCUCUUCUUCGAAUAUCUAGUGCUCAGGUGGAGGAUACAGGAAGAUACACAUGUUUGGCAUCCAGUCCUGCAGGAGAUGAUGAUAAAGAAUAUUUAGUGAGAGUGCAUGUACCGCCUAAUAUUGUGGGAACUGACGACCCCAAUUUCACAGAGUGUUUGGAAUGCAAAUCAGAUGCAGUGCCUCCUCCUGUGAUUAUGUGGCUCAAAAGUGGAGAGCAGUUACAGGCAACACCUCGAGUGAGAAUCCUGUCUGGAGGGAGAUAUUUGCAAAUCAACAAUGCAGAGCUAGGAGACACAGCGAAUUACACCUGUGUUGCCAGCAACAUUGCAGGAACAACCACAAGAGAAUUUGGUCUCACUGUAAAUGUUCCUCCACACAUACAGGGUGGCCCACAGAGUCUUGUCACUCUCUUAAAUACCUCGACUGUACUGGAAUGUGUCACUGAAGGUGUGCCAGCCCCAAGCAUAACAUGGAGAAAGGAUGGAGCUGUUCUGCCUGGGAAUCAUGCAAGAUACUCCAUCUUGGAAAAUGGAUUCCUUCAUAUUCAAUCAACACAUGUCGCAGACACUGGACGGUAUUUGUGUAUGGCCACCAGUUCUGCUGGGACAGAUCGCAGGCGAAUAGACUUACAGGUCUAUGUUCCUCCAUCUAUUGCUCCGAGUCCUUCCAACGUAACUGUAACAGUGAAUGUCCAAACUACUCUGGCUUGUGAGGCUACGGGCAUACCAAAACCCUCAAUAAAUUGGAGGAAAAAUGGGCAUCUUCUUAAUGUGGACCAAAAUCAGAAUUCAUACAGGCUCCUUUCAUCAGGUUCACUAGUCAUUAUUUCCCCUUCUGUGGAUGACACUGCAAGCUAUGAGUGCACUGUGACAAAUGACGCUGGAGAGGAUAAAAGAACCAUGCAUCUCACUGUCCAAGUUCCUCCUGCCAUAGCUGAUGAGCCUACAGACUUCCUGGUAACCAGGCAGGCCCCAGCAGUAAUCGCCUGCACUGCUUCAGGAGUUCCAUCUCCCUCUAUUCACUGGACCAAAAAUGGUGUGAGACUGCUUCCUAGGGGAACAGGCUAUCGGAUUCUGUCCUCAGGAGCAAUUGAAAUAUCAGCCACCCAAUUAAACCAUGCAGGAAGAUAUACUUGCAUUGCUAGGAAUGCAGCGGGGUCUGCAUACCGACAUGUGACCCUCCAUGUCCAAGAGCCUCCAGUCAUUCAGCCCCAGCCAAGUGAAGUAGACGUCAUUCUAAACAACCCCAUUUCCCUGCCGUGUGAAGCCAAAGGGACCCCCAGCCCUUUCGUUACUUGGCAAAAAGAAGGCCUCAGUGUCCUCACCUCAGGCAAAAGCCAUGCAGUUCUUCCUAGCGGCAGUUUACAGAUCUCCAGAGCCGUUCGAGAGGAUGCUGGCACUUACAUGUGUGUGGCUCAGAACCCAGCUGGGACAGCCUUGGGCAAAAUCAAGUUAACUGUCCAAGUUCCCCCAGUCAUUACAACUCCUCCAAAGGAGUAUGUCGUUGCUGUGGACAAGCCCGUCACACUGCCGUGUGAGGCAGAUGGGGUCCCACCUCCUGAGACCGUGUGGCACAAGGAUGGACAUGCGGUUGUGGAGUCCAUCCGCCAGCGCACCUUCAACUCUGGGGCUCUGCAGAUAGCAUUUGCCCAGCCUGGUGACACGGGUCAGUACACGUGCAUGGCAGCUAACGUGGCAGGAUCCAGUAGCAUGAACACCAAGCUCACCGUCCACGUACCACCCAGGAUCCGAAGUACAGAAGUCCACUACAUGGUCAACGAGAACUCACAAGCCAUCCUCCCAUGUGUGGCUGAUGGAAUUCCCACACCAGCGAUUAACUGGAAAAAAAACAAUGUUCUUUUAGCUAACUUGUUAGGCAAAUACACUGCUGAACCAUAUGGAGAACUCGUGGUGAAAAAUGUUAUGGGUGACUGCCAAUGGCAGCACAUUGAACAUUUACGGAGCUCUCACAUCCGACACGGGGAAAUACAUGUGAUUGUGAGAGCUCAGGUGUCUGAUGUAGCUGUGUACACUUGUGUGGCCUCCAACAGAGCAGGGGUGGAUAAUAAGCACUACAGCCUUCAAGUGCUGGUAGGUCGCACAAAUGACCUUGUGCCACCAGAUAUGGACAGUGCAAUGGGAACAGAGGAAAUCACGAUCGUGAGAGGCAGUUCCACCUCUAUGACAUGCUUCACAGAUGGAACCCCACCCCCCAGUAUGUCCUGGCUCAGAGAUGGCCAGCCUCUGGGGCUUGACACCCACCUAACGGUCAGCACGCAAGGAAUGAUCCUUCAGCUCAUCAAAGCCGAGACUGAAGAUUCAGGACGGUACACCUGCAUUGCCUCCAAUGAUGCUGGAGAAGUCAGCAAGCACUUUAUUCUAAAGGUCCUGGAACCACCUCACAUUAAUGGAUCUGAAGAACCUGGAGAGAUAUCAGUAAUUAUUAAUAACCCACUUCAACUUCCCUGUAUUGCUUAUGGAAUACCAGCUCCUAAAAUCACCUGGAUGAAAGAUGGCCGACCCCUUCUACAGACAGAUCAGGUGCAAACUUUAGAAGGAGGAGCUCUUCUUCGAAUAUCUAGUGCUCAGGGGAGGAUACAGGAAGAUACAUGUUUGGCAUCCAGUCCUGCAGAGAUGAUGAUAAGAAUAUUUAGUGAGGUGCAUGUACCGCCUAACAUUGUGGGAACUGACGAGCCCCAGGAUUUCACUGUGUUACGGAACAGACAAGUGACUUUGGAAUGCAAAUCAGAUGCAGUGCCUCCUCCUGUGAUUAUGUGGCUCAAAAGUGGAGAGCAGUUACAG